ACGUGUGCGCGCUGAAUAAUCGCGUUUACUCUACUUGGGUGUGUGUGUGUAUGUGAGUGUCCUUUUGCCCAGAGCCAUGGAAAAGCAGGAUCCAAAUGAAGGAAGGGAGAGGAAGCCACCACCUGGUGCUCCGGGGCUUAGAAACUCGGACUCCGUGCGGAGUCCUCCGCCGGCCGCAGCUCCUCGGCGACCCAAGCCGGGCAUCCUGCGACUGGACAUCGGCAAACCGCGACGCUCAUCAGGUGGUUCCGUCGAUUUCCGCUGCGUGGGCAGCAGCAGCACCAGCAACAACAAUUACAGCAACAGCAACAGCAAUGUGGCAACUGGCGCCAACAGUGAGGUAAGUGAGCAUGAUUUACGGCCCGCCCGGGAGUGCUUACGAUUUGGCCUGGCCAACGACGACGUGGUCAGAGUGAGGCAUCCAUUGGAGGAGUGGGGAGGAGCAGAGGACAUAACCCAGCUGCAGCAAGUGCUUCCAAUGCCAUUGCCACCGCCAAUAGCCAUAAACACCAAUGGCACUUAACUGCCGUUCGCUUUUCGCACGGUCAAGCAAUGCAACCAGACCGAGUCGCCCAUUAAAAUCAUUUUUCACGCGUGUCAGUGGGAAAGGUCGAAGAUUUUUUUCAGUUUAGGUGGACUAAGGAUACGCUUCUAGUUAUAAAGUUAAAGGUUGAACAUGUAGAAAACAUCUAGUAAAAAGAUGUUCACAUUUUCUAUGUUUAAAUUGGACAAAACAUAUAAAGCAGCAUUGCAACCGUAUUCAAAAAAGAACAAACUUCAGUUAAAAAUUUUAUUAAACACUGCCACUGCCACUACAAAAUAAAUCUUAUUUUAAUUAGCAGUUUUUUUUUUGCUAUACCUACAUAUGACAUAAGAACAAUUAAAUUCUCAUAGCUAUUCUAAAUAUUUUUCAACUUAUUUACUUCAAGGAGAGAUCUUAAUUUAAAGACCAAAGUUUUGAGAUAAUAAAACAGCUUGUUUAAUAAUUUCAAUAUUAACCAAGCGUUGAUUAUUAUCUGUUGUUAUUAGUUCAUCUACCUAAUUAAGUUAACUCACCUCGAGGGAGGUUUCCUUUGUUAAACUUCAACCUAGUUAAAACAAUUUCGCAAACUUACUCGAAAUAAGCGAGCAAAAUCUCAGAUCGCUGGUCGUUAGUACUUUAUGGGACCUAAUAAACCAGUUAAAUCACUUGAAUAACUAAACUAUAGCAGGUAACAACCCCAGUGUGCAAAUCACACGGCAAACUUUGCUGCAGGGCACAAGUGUAUCCCAGUGUUCAUUAGGCCCGACAUGCGACGAAGGCCCAAAACCGAGUGGAUGCGGUGGACACACCCAGGACACUCACUCCCUUUACUUUACUCCACUUCAGCCACUCAACCCAAGCAGUUUGUAAAGGGAAUGGGAAUGGGAAUAGGAAGUCAGUG